AUGGAACCUAACGAUACCAAACACCACCAUCACCUCAGCUCCUCCUCUUACCUUACCACCUCCACCACUCUAGCUCCGGCCACCACAACUCCUUCUCUGGCCAAUGGCCUUCUCCCGCCGCCACCUCAUGAUACUAGCGGUGGUGGAGGGACUCAUAUGGUGUAUCCACACUCAGUGGGUCCAUCAACGGUGGCGGUGAGUAAUGCGCCGGUGGAGUCUCCUAGAAGGAAGCGUGGACGGCCUAGAAAGUAUGGCACGCCAGAGCAAGCAUUAGCGACGAAGAAAACGACAUCGUCUUCCUCGAAUGCAGUUGUUGUUAGAGAAAGAAGAGAAGUUGUUGCGGCUUAUUCUCCUUCUUAUUCAGGCUCUUCUUCAAGAAAGUCUCAACAGUUGUUUGCUCUUGGUGGGUCCCAUUUAAUCCUUUCCUAG